CACUCCCAAGAUGGCGGCGCGGUCCUUCUGGCUGCGGGGUUGGUGCUCUCUCCUGAGGUACCGCGGUUACGGGCGGCCGGGUUGGGGCGGCGGUGCCCCCCUGGGUUAGGAGCAUGCAGCGUGGGAGGAAAACCGACCGGUUAUUCUCAGAAAACAAAUGAAAACAAUUUAAGCACACUUAGACCUCGAUUGUCAGUGCGACCGAGCAUUAACAAUGCGUUCGCACCGGAUAAGACAAAACGUGUCCCCUCCGUUUUCCACUUACCGCGCCCAGCUGUUGUUUCUCGCCUUUAUACCUCGCCGUCACGAUAAUAACCAGUACGGCCACUCGCUGUUAUUCCAGAACAUCGCCGGUUCACGGUCCCCUCCCCCAGCUGCAGCAGAUGAUCCCUGCUCUGGUGUUUCUGUGCUCACUGUUUCUCGCAUGCCCAGGCACGGCCUCCCCGCUCUGGCCGGCACCGGCAGACGCGGCCUUCCUGGUGGGAGCGGGCGGUGGCGCCGCGCGGUGGGCGCAGGGCUGGGAGCCGCCCUGUGUGCUGUGCCAGUCGCAGAGAAACAGAACUCAGCUUCUCUCAGUAACGAUGCCUUGAUUAAGAGAGCCGUUACGUUGGUAACAGACAGUACUUCCACUCUCCUCUCUCAAACAACGUACGCACUGAUUGAAGCACUGACAGAGUAUACAAAGGCAGUUUAUACGUUGGUGUCUCUCUACAAGCAAUACACAAAUCUUCUUGGGAAGAUGAACUCAGAUGAAGUGGAUGCAGUCUGGCAGGUGGUAAUAGGAGCCAGAGUGGAUAUGACAACAAAACAGCAAGAAUACCUAAAGCUAGAAUCCAGCUGGAUGACAGCAUUACGUCUUUCAGAGAUGGCAGCAGAAGCUGCAUAUCAAUCAGGUGCAGAUCAAGCGUCGGUGACAGCUCGUAGCCACAUUCAGCUAAUCAAAUCACAGGUGCAAGAAGUGCGGCAGCUGUCCCAGAAGGCAGAGACCAAGUUAGCUGAAGCUCAAACAGAGGAGCUCCUAAAAACUCAAGGAGAGGAAUCUACAUUGCCUCAGGGUAUUUUAGGAAGUACAGAUGCGGGUGAGGACCCUUAUCUUCGGGAAGACUGAUAGGAACUUAAAUGUCACUUUAGAAUAUGUGAGAAUCAAUCAGAAAUUGAAGGGUCCCAAACUUAAGUGUUGGAUAGCAGGAAACCUCCGAAAUAAGCAUGUGAUUCCAUUUCUCCCCCUUACCCCCAGGCUUGCUUUACAGAUCAAGUCAAUUCCAAGAAUCUGAAAGGCCUUGACCCUGUUUAUAAUUAUGGAUUCAAUUAUUUAAGUGUUUAACUAUGCAAAUGUGAGAAUUGCUAUCAAUGAUAGCUUGUUAAUUUUGUCUGCUGGGAAGAUCGUAGCAGUGGUUUGGUAUGUUUGUGAGAGCUCUCCAACAUAGAGGUAAAGUAGGUAUCAACCAAAGAAGUGUAUUUAAAAGUUAUUGUUUUUAACCCGUGUAGUAAAUGAUGUCUGUUAGUAGAUAUCUUUAUUAAAUUGGGCAAAAUCAUUUCAUUCCAAGUGUGCCCACAUAGAUAAAAGAUGAAGUGCUGUUUUCUGUUUUGACUUAAAAGCUUGUAACAGAAUUGAGUCUGACAGCUAUAUCUAAUUGCACUUAAUUGCAAUCAGGGGAAUUGUUUGCUGUAGAGCUGAAAACCUGCUAUGGAUUUACCCACGUUCCUCUUAGAGAAGUUUUGCACAGUUCAGUAUGACAGCCUCUUUCACCCAAGAGCCAGUGCUUGUAAUAUAUCUGCCUUCCCCAGAAAGCAAAAGGAAACUUGAUUUUCAAGAUAUUGUGGUUACAAAGUAGUUACGGAGACCGCUGCAGAUUUUACAAAACACUAAACAAAAGUGAGUUUUACAUCUUUAGAUGCUUUCCAGCAAGUUUCAAGUAAAUAAUCUUCAUUCUCUCUUUCUGUAAUCUUAAUGUUUCACUACAGACUUCAAAACACAGGUGUCUUCCGUUGUGUUCAUUUUCUAACUUACCAGCUUAAUGUGAAAUUUGCAGUGUUAACUGCAUAACAAUAAAACUUCAGCUGAGA